AUGAUUUUUUCUACUUUGAAAAAAAGAAGAUUGUCCUCUUCUAGGAAUUCCAAAGUGGCAAAUCCAUCGUUUUUGUCGCUUCCAGAUGAAAUCGUCUUGAACUGUUUAGCCCGCAUAUCAAGAUCGUACUACCCGAAACUCUCCCUAGUGUGCAAGACCUUUUGCUCUCUCAUCAAAUCCUAUGCUCUAACCGUAGAGCGACUGCGUCUUCAAACCCUUGAAACUCUUGUUCAUGUCUACUUACAGCUUCCCUAUAAUCCUCGUCCCACCAUGUUCACACUGUGGAUAAAACCUGGUCAAAUCCUAACAAAUCAACUCGAGAAGGAGGAGAGGUCUACUGGAGAUACUCGUUUGGUACAAGCACCUUCUUCAUAUAAUUCUAGUGAACCAAUGUACGUGACAGAGGUACGCAAUGACCCGUCCUCUGACGUGUUAGUUGGUAAUAAGGAAGAGCUUUUUUGGCGUAAAACCAUCAACAUGACUGUAGCUAGAACAAAACCUAGUGCAUACAACUUCAAUGGGAAAAUAUAUGUAAUGGGAGGUUGUGGGGCUGAUGAAUCCGAGAAUUGGGGUGAGGUUUUCGAUAUAAAGACUCAAACUUGGGAACCUUUACCUGACCCUGGCGCUGAGCUGCGCUUUUCUUCUAUUAGAAAAAUAGAGGUGAUCCAAGAAAAGCUUUAUGUUAGAAGCAACGAGAAGAACGAAUCAGUUUACGAUCCAAAAGAAGAAUGGAGAGUGGUCAGAGGUUUAGAUAUGUUGAACAAGAAUCCUCGUUGUGGUAUGAUUGAAACAGCUAACUAUGAUGGGAAACUUUUACUCUUAUGGGACAAGUUCGUGCAUCAUCUUCAAGACAAAGAUAUUUGGGGUGCUAUGAUUGCACUUGAAAGACGUGAAGGUAGUGAUGAAGUUUGGGGAAACGUUGAGUGGGCUAAUGUUGUGCUUACGGUUCCGAGUUCAUACGUUUUCACGUUUGGUUUAAGAAAUCGGGUUUAA